UCGACGUCACAGAAUCACCGCCACCAUGUUGGAUCAGGAAGUGGGCAGAGACUUCGCUAGAACACCGAGCCCAGCUUAACGUCAACGGCCGCUGACUCUUCUUGGCCGACCUGUCUUUCACCUCCUUUUUUCACCUCCUUUUUUCCCACUUCCACAAUUCGGUUUUGAUGCUGCACGGCUCCCUAUCUCACCGAGGUAGGCGCCUGUCUUUGAAUCCGACCGCUUCGCAGCCUCAGCUAUGACUUCUCUCACGCAGAGAACCUCGGGCCUCGUCCAACGGAGGACCGAGGCCAUUCGCAGCGCCGCUGCCGCCGAGAAGGAGAAAGAUUCCGGUGGAGAGGAAGACGAGGCUCGCCGAGGUGAAGAAGAGGAGGACGACAAGGGGGACUCUAAGGAAACCAGGCUGACGUUAAUGGAGGAAGUCCUGCUACUGGGCCUCAAGGACCGAGAGGGCUACACGUCGUUUUGGAACGACUGUAUUUCUUCCGGCCUCCGCGGCUGUAUGCUGGUAGAACUGGCCCUCCGAGGAAGGAUACAGCUGGAGGCCUGCGGUGUGCGGAGGAAAAGCCUCCUGGCAAGAAAGGUUAUCUGCAAGUCUGAUGCUCCAACAGGAGAUGUGUUGCUGGAUGAGGCCUUGAAGCAUAUUAAAGACACUCAGCCUCCAGAGACUGUGCAGAGCUGGAUAGAACUCCUCAGUGGAGAGACCUGGAAUCCCCUGAAGCUCCAUUAUCAGCUUCGAAACGUCAGAGAGCGUCUGGCUAAAAACCUGGUGGAGAAGGGGGUCCUCACCACAGAGAAACAGAACUUCCUGCUUUUUGACAUGACCACACAUCCGCUAACCAACAGCACCAUCAAGCAGCGCCUUGUCAAGAAAGUCCAGGAUUCCGUUUUGGAGAAGUGGGUCAACGAUCCUCAUCGCAUGGACAAGCGGGUGCUCUCCCUGAUUCUCCUGGCUCACUCGUCCGACGUCCUAGAGAACGCCUUCGCCCCCCUCCAGGACGACCAGUACGACCUGGGCAUGAAGCGGGUCCACACCCUGCUGGAGCUGGAGCCCGAGAAGGAGAGCUCAAAGCCCAAUGCCAAUGAACUCAUGUGGGCUGUGGUCGCUGCAUUUACUAAAUGAAAAUGCCUGACUGGUUGAGACUGAAACGA